CGUAACAUGAAUUCGGCGUUCUCCUGUUUUCGGCGAUCAUACUUCUCGCGUGAUUUCGCCCGAACGCGCGCGAGGUCAGGGGUCAGUAUGCAAAUUUCCUGAAAGGAGGUCACGUCAACUCGCUCAGUGAAAAAAGUUUUCAAUAAUGGAAAUCAGGAAGACAAAUACGACUGUGCGCGGUCCGUAUAGGUCCAAUUACACCAGAGAUGAUCUAGAUAAUGCUUACAGACUAGUGGUAGAAGAAAAUGUGUCCGCACAGAGAGAAGCAGCCAGGUGGGGGGUUCCGGUUUCUACCCUUAAGGAUCGUUUGUUGGGCAAUAUCAGCGUAGAUACUGUCAAGUCGGGUCCCAUGGCUCUGUUCUCCUCACAAGAAGAAUCCUUUUUAGCAAGCCAUAUCAGAGUUAUGGGGGAGAUUGGCUAUGGUUAUACGCGUCAGGAGACCAUUAAUCUUGCAAGCGAUUACGCUGUCAAUCAAGGACACAGAGACAGAGAUCAUCCUUUAAGUCUCCGAUGGCUGUACAGUUUCUUAGAUAGAUGGCCGGAACUUAAAGUACAGAAACUGAGGAAACUUGAAGCAGCGAGGGCGAGAUCAGCCACCAAAGAAAACAUCAGUCGGUAUUUCACAGAACUCUCCAACAUCAUGCAAAAGUACAACUUUCAAAGUUCACCCCAGGCAAUUUUUAAUAUCGAUGAAAAGGGACUAUCAACUGAUGUAACACCACCCAAAAUCGUCGCCGGGAUACAUUGCAAACCACAGACCGUGACAUCUGGGAAAUCACAAACCGUAACAAUGAUUGCCGCUGUUAACGCAGCUGGUGGCAGCGUUCCCCCUUACUUUGUAUUUCCUGGACAUUGUUUGAGAGAUGAGCUGUUAUCAGGAGCUACACCCGGUACUGGAGGCACAGUUUCAGAGACAGGGUGGUCUAAUACGGAUGUAUUCAGCACGUAUAUGAAAACGCACCUGGUCCGACACUUGCCAUCACGCAGCGCCGACUCUCCCGUUUUCAUCCUCUAUGACGGACACAAGAGUCACGUUUCCCUUGGAUUGUUAGAAUGGGCACGGGAAAAUCACAUCGUCCUAUUUGUUCUUGCCCCUCAUACAAGCCACCUCCUACAGCCACUGGACAUCGGAUGUUACGGGCCUUUUGAGACGACAUGGAUACGAUCAUGUCAUUCAUUCUUAAGAGUGAACUCUGGAAAAGCUAUCGGAAAGCAUGAUAUAUGCAGCAUAGCAUGUCGUGUUUUCAACUCAACGUUAACUCCUGUUAACAUUUUGUCAUCUUUCACAAAAUCAGGGAUCUUCCCCCUCAACCCCGAAAUGAUUGAUGACUUGGCUGUAUUGCCGGCCCGAUCUUUCUCUAGACCGACACCCGCGGUUUCAAGUUCAACAGGUACGCUCGUACAGGACACCGACGACAGACUGGAUACUGCAAGGACAUUCUUGGAAUGUCGAGGUGGAGAAGUUUUGAGAAAUGUUCAAACAUACAAGCCAAGGAACACCAUCAGUAAAAUCGUUGGCGGGAAAGUCAUCACAGAUCAGGCAGUUGUUGACAGGAUAGCCGAGCACAAGAAACAGCAUCCAGAGAAACGGAAGGCUGAUAAGGAAGUCGGCAAGGGGAAGAAGAAGUCAAGCGGCACUACAUCGUUGUCCACAUCGUCCCUGUUGUCUAAAGGGAAUUCUGCCCAGAAUAAGUCAAAAGGGAAAGGACCUGCACGCAAGAAACGCAACGCUCCGCCCCCAUCAACAACCUUCUCAGACAGUUUUUCCGACAGUGCAACUGAUGACGACGAAGUUUGCUGUGUGUGCGGAAAAUUUACACCCGAUGCAUUGCAUCGUUGUGACUCAAUCACGUUUGUGAAAUGGGCACAGUGUGACAAAUGUGGUCACUGGGUUCACCUUGUCUUUUGUACAAGUGUCACCGUUUUACGUACACAUGCGGCAUUUUUCUGUCCCCACUUCAUCAACAGUGUAUAUAACCUGUUUGGAUUUCAUCGUUAUCUGUGCUUGAAAUUGUUGAACUGACAUUUUAUUUUAACUCUUAAAGAUUGACAAGUGACUAGAAGACACGAAUUU